GCAGACACAGACACAGAGCAGGCAGCAGGAGCCCUUUAACUACUGCUACUCUAACGGCGCUACAUGGAUAAUCUACUCGCUAUUCUAUUACCCAUUCCCUGAAGGACAUUUCUCUCUGAGUCACCCUAAAAGGAACCUUUUCUUAAUCUGAAGAUCAUUUUGGCACAGAGCUGUGCUGGAAAGAGAAUCUCAGCUGAGCCCCUGGGGUGGUGUGAGUGCAUGGAGGCUGAUUAGAGGCGGCUGUCCAUUCUGGAAGGCUCGUUGUGAGGUGAAAGGUCAUCAUUCCGAGCCCAGAGUCAUCUGUAGCCCCGGAGGAGCUGCCCGUCUUCACUUUCACAACAGAGCACCAGUCUCCCAUUCAGGGAGCCCAGACCUACAGGAAGAUAGGGAGAGGAAAUAAACACAGGGGAGAAAAAGACGCUCUUCAUGAAUUCCCCAAAAUCGUGAAAGACAGACAGUGUGAUUUGGCUGGCAGUCGUGAGGAGGGGAGCCAUGUGGACAAUAAGCAUGGCCCAGCUCUGUCUCCCGGCCUUCACUCUCCUACUGGCCUACGCCUUUGUCCAAGCAGCUGCCACCGAGGACGAUGUCACUCCACGACUCAGCUUCACUUACAAUGCAAAUGAGAGGUCAGCCAAGAGAUUCUCUGUGGAAGGGGUCUUCAAUUAUACCUCUCUGCUCCUCAGUAGGGAAGAUAACAUGCUCUAUGUUGGAGCACGAGAGCAGCUUUUCGCCCUCAACCUCUCGGAUAUCAGCAGAGUCAAGCUACAACGUAAUCUUACAUGGAGCACCCAUGAGAGGAAGAGAGAUGAGUGCAGUUUCAAAGGCAAAGACCUACAGACUGAUUGCUUCAAUUACAUCAAGAUUUUACUGCGUGUUAACAGUACCCAUCUAUACGUGUGUGGAACCUACGCCUUCAGUCCAACCUGUGCAUACAUAAACACAGCUGACUUCACUCUGGUGAGGAGCCAGACUGGGGAGAUAGUGACAGAGGACGGACGCAACCGCUGCCCUUUCAACCCUGAGUACAAGUCCACCGCCAUCAUGGCUGAUGGAGAGCUGUAUGCUGGGACAGUCAGUAAUUUCCAAGGAAAUGAACCUAUUAUUUACAAGAGCCAGGCACAAGGCGCAGCCCUAAAAACAGAAAACUCCUUGAACUGGCUUCAAGACCCAGCCUUUGUGGGCUCUGCCUACAUCCAGGAGAGCCUGCCCAGAGGCAACCCAGUGGGCGACGAUGAUAAGAUUUACUUCUUCUUCAGCGAAGCAGGAAAGGAGUUUGAUUUCUUUGACAACACCAUUGUGUCGCGUAUCGCUCGCGUGUGUAAGGGUGACAAAGGAGGAGAGAGGGUGCUGCAGAAGAAAUGGACCACCUUCCUUAAAGCCCAGCUCCUGUGUUCGCUGCCUGACGAUGGCUUCCCCUUCAACAUCAUCCAGGACAUGUUUGUGUUGACGCCCAGCCCAGAAGACUGGAAGAACACUGUGUUCUACGGGGUCUUCACUUCACAGUGGUAUAAAGGGGCCUCUGGCAGCUCAGCAGUGUGUGCCUUCACCAUGGACCAGGUGGAGAGGGCCUUCAGCGGCCGUUACCGGGAGGUCAACCGGGAGACCCAGCAGUGGUACACCUACAACCACCCUAUCCCCGAGCCACAGCCUGGAGCGUGCAUCACUAAUGCAGUCCGGGAGCAGGGCAUCCCCUCCUCUCUGCAUAUGCCUGACAAGGUACUGAACUUCGUCAAGGACCACUUCCUGAUGGACAGUGUGAUCCGCAGCCAGCCCCUCCUGCUGAAACGCAGCAUCCGCUACACCCAGAUAGCUGUCCAACGGGUCCAGGCCAUCCACAAACACUACAAUGUGCUCUUCAUUGGAACAGAUGACGGGAGACUCCACAAAGCCAUUAAUGUCAACAACAAGAUGCACAUCAUUGAAGAGAUGGUGCUUUUCACUGACCCCCAGCCUGUACAACACAUUGAACUGGAUUCUGAAAAGGACCUGCUGUUUGUGUCCUCCUACUCUGGCCUGGUGGAGGUCCCUGUGGCGAACUGCUCCAACUACCAGAGCUGUGGAGAGUGUGUCCUGUCCAGAGACCCUUACUGUGCCUGGGAAGGGAGGCAGUGUCUGAAUGUCAGGCUGGCUCCACCAGAUAGCCACUGGCAGCAGGACGUGGACAAGGCAGACACAUCCGUUAUCUGCAAUAAGACACAGCCCAGCCCUCGCUUUGCUAAACCCCCACCCACACGGAUGUCUUCAUGCCAGGUGAUAAUGAUCCCAGCCAACAUGUUCAAAGUGCUGCCCUGUAAGCUGCGCUCCAACCUGGCUGAGAGGAGGUGGGAGUACAGUGAGAGUGCAGGUCACUUCCUGUACCCAAGUCCUGAGGGAGGUCUAGUGGUGGUGGCCCAGGCUGACAGACAGGAGACCUAUGAGUGCUGGUCAGUAGAGGAGGGCUUCAGGCAACUCCUGGCCAACUACUGUGUGAGGGGAGAGGCCAGGAAGGAGAGCACCACCCUCAUUGGCCGUUCACACACCCCUCUGGUCUCACAGGAGGAGCCAAUCAUCCUACCUGGAGAGACCCGCUCCCCACAGAUCAACACCAAGACCUACUGGAAUGAGCUCAUUGUAGUGUGUGCCCUGUUGGGCUUUUCCCUGGUGGUCUUUUCCCUGUUUGCGGUCUACAGGAACCACGACCGCAUGAAGUCCAUGCUAAAGGAGGGUGAGUGCCCCAACAUGCAGCAGAAGAAACCCAGGAUAGUGGUGAAUCCAGCAGAAAACUUGCCUCUGAAUGGCAACAGCACAGUGCCAGCGUCUGUGUCAGACCACAAGGGUUACCAGACCCUCAAUGACAACUACAUCUGCAGCACACCGCCGCACGAGUGCUCGUCACCAGACAACAGCAAGAGCUUCUCGGAGUCCGAAAAGAGGCCUCUGAACUUGAAGGAGAGCACUGUAGAGAUCUCGCCCAUCUGCCCGCGGCCUCGGGUGAGACUGGGCUCAGAGAUCAAAGACUCCAUUGUGUGAGGACGGCUUUGAUAAACUUGAGCAGGAGAUAAAACCCUAAUGUGGAGUGACUAACUAUUAGCCGUAAGGAAAGAGGGACUUAAAAUAAAAUAAAAACACAAAAGGAAGGAACACUGAAAAACGUUAACUUCUUUGCAGAGGGACAUUUCAUUACACUGCUUUUGCACUUUUGUUUUUUUUAUUUAGUCCCUGUGGUCAGUUCUCAUUUCCUUAUUGUCACUCCUCUUUCUCUGGUGCACCUGAAGCACAAUGAAGAGGAAGCUGAUACAGAUUGCCUUCAGACUACUGAAACUGUGGAAUGAUGCUUAUGGUGGACAUUGGACACAUACAGCUGAUAUUGUCCUUCUUAACAGUUUUUAUAUGUUGUUUUUAUGCAUUGCCACUCAGUCCGUCCAAAUGUUCUGUUGGCCUUGCGUUGAAAGUAGAGAGAUACUCUGUGGGUCCACAGCUGACCCUUAACUCUCCCACCUACAUCCACAGUUAGUGUGCGCUUAGCCCUGCACUGAGACAUUCGACAGACUCAGUGCAUGGAGGAUAGUAGAAUAACAAACAACCUCUAAUUCAAACACUAUAGUAAGUAGAUCAUUAGGCCUUUCACUGAUGACUUAGUUAUAACAGCAGUCUAAGAGAUAUUAAUUCAAAGUAGUUUAAACUGUGGAUAGACCUCAAUGCAGCAUAACCAGACAGACAUUAUAAUGGAAUCAACUGGUCAAGAGAGGGCUGAACAUCCCAGAGAGACAUGGAGAGGAACCAAUGAGGAAGGAAUUAAAGAGGUAGGGACCAACUGGCAUGAGGUGUGGAAAAAGAGCACACAACAGAAUAACAGAAUACUGGAGAGGUGUUAUUGUCGAGGUCCUCUGCUCUGCUCUGCUCCACCAGGAAUUUACAGGAUUAAGUCUUGAAUGACUAACAUGUCUUGUGAUGGAGGAUAGAGAAAAAACAACACUAUCCCCUCAAAUGGAGAGGGGUGUGUACAUCCCAAGGAAUUGGAGGAUAUGGUGCCUAAGUUAUGUGUUCGAUUGACAUUCAUUGGGUUGAAGUGUACCCCUGACAUUGGGGAAGACCCUAGACCAGGUAUUAACAUAUUAUUCAUUAUGGAGCCGACAGACUAUGCAAAGCACAUAAUGUAAAGUGGGGUGCAAGGUCACACCAAACGAGAAUCUCAUCUUGAGACUGUGCAGGCGCAUAUAGUGGCUUGCCAAAGUUUUCACCCCCCUUGGCAUUUUUCCUAUUUUGUUGCCUUACAACCUGGAAUUAAAAUGGAUUUUUGGGGG